GUGUCUCAGUGAUCAUUCAUCUAUAUCAUUUGCCGUCAAAUAAGUUAGUAGUACAAUUUCAGGUAAUAGUACGAUUACAUAAUAGUAUAUUUAAUAUAAUUACUAUAAUACUAUAAUAGCAUACUAAAAAUAAUCCAGAAUGGUUGCUAAUAAUAUCGAAGUUCCUACAUUACCUAUACCGGGAGAAGGACUCCAACCACAAACCAUAGAUAUGAGUUCUCAACAACAACAACAAUAUACUGGACAUUUACAACGUAAGAAGGCUCCAGAAGGAAGUGCAGAAUGGUACUUUGAUCAAGCAUCAGAAUGGGUAGGAGAACAUCCUUGGUUAACCGGAUUUGCUGUAUUAGGAGUUGGACAACUUGUACUUGGAAGAAUUAAAUCUAAACAGCCCGGUAUAAAUGGUAAAGCAUUUAUUAAAGGAGGAUUCGGACAAAAGAUGACAGCUAAAGAAGCAUUACAAAUAUUAAAUUUAAAAGAAACAAACUUAUCUAAAGCAAAAUUAAAGGAUCAACAUAGAAAAUUAAUGUUGGCUAAUCAUCCAGAUAAAGGUGGAUCACCAUUCUUAGCCACUAAAGUUAAUGAAGCCAAGGACUUUUUGGAAAAGAGAGGUGGAAUGAAAACCAAGUGAACUAACAACUAAUAACUAAUAACUAAGAACACUCAUGUAGAUAUAGACCCAAUGUAUAUAAGUUCAGUAUUGAACAAAGCAGUCAGUUUAAUAAUUAUAUAUAGUAAUGUAAAUUGCAUUAAAUUGAA